AUGGACGCUUCUGAGAUUCCCCAGUGUGUCCAUCCCGAGAAGAAACCACGUCUGGAUGGCGAGACACAGUCACUUUCCCCAACAUUGAUAGUGGCUGCAACCAAGGUUCUUGAAGAUGACAACCUCCUCAGAGAGAUUAUCGUCCGCGUCGGCUUCCCCACCACCCUCGUCCGCGCCGCGCUUGUUUGCAAGCGCUGGCUCGGACAUGCCUCCGACCCCGCCUUCCUCCGCCGGUUCCGUAAGCUCCACCCACCCCGCCUCCUCGGCUACUACAUAUACGAGUGGUCGGUUUUUUCAGAGGGGCUAGAUGCUCCACGCUUUGUCCCGAUGCUGCCUCAGCCUGCAGAGCUCGCCACCGUCAUGUCCAGCUUGUCGGGUUACCGGUUCGGUGCGCACAAAAUCAUGCACUGUCGAGGCGGCAGCUUCUUCACCCGUUGCUGCGAAGGAUCAAAAUUGACACGUGGAGUGCACCGCCCGCUAUGCGCUGAGAAAGGCAUGGAAGUCUUUCCACCACUCCCGUGUGUCCAGGACCAUAAGGUCCCAGAGUUCGCUGCAAUCCUCUCCAAAGAAGAAGCCAACGGCUUGUCGUACUUGUAUGUGUUGGGGGAGUUCACAGGGGAGGCAGGAAAGUUGACAACACAUGUCUAUAUGUUGCAAGAUGGUGUCUGGUGCUUGCGUACCACGGCCACUUGCCUCCAUAGUGUGCAUUUUAGCCGUAAAGCUGUGUUCAUCAGCAACAAAAUCUAUAUGCCGUCCAAGAGUAGUGACGACAUUAUUGUCUUGGAUAUGACGACCUCAAGUUUCUCCACAAUUCAGCUCCCACAAGGAGUGAAGUAUCACUAUUUUAAGACCAUGUUGUCAGGGGCUGAUGAUGCUUCCAGUGUAUAUCUCAUGCAUGUUAUGGAGUUUCAACUUCGCAUCUGGCUCCACAAGGGGGACAACUGGUUGCUGAUCGAUACCAUUUGUUUGAAUGAGAUGCCUAUUUUAGGGAUGCCAGGUCACACGCUUGAGGAUGAGGAUAUUGCUCGUGUGGUGAUAAGCCAGGUGGGAGACAAUGGUCAGUUCGUAUUCCUGCGGAGUGGUCAAUGCAUAUUCUACUUGGAUAUUAAGUGCAGAAUACUGCGUAAAGUGUAUGAGAACAGAGUAAAUCAUCAAUGGUUUGGUGAUAUCCAUCCUUUUAUGAUGGUGUGGCCUCCCUCAUUCCCUGCCCUUGAGGGCGAUCCUGCAAGAAAUGCCAUGUGAAGAUGAAGGGUGCCAUCCAGGAAUAUAAUAGAGCUGCAUUUCCUUAGAAGCAGCUCUUACUGUGUUCACUAUAACUUGCACUUGAUUAAUUUAGGAUGCUGUGUAACCGGAUCAUGUACUCCUAUCAAUCUAUGCUAGAUAGGGGUCCUAUCCCUAUGGUGCCAUGACUGUUUAUGCCAGAUCUUUAUUUCCUGAUGGAGACCCAACUGCUUUUGCCAGCUUGUUAUGUAUACCCAUUGCAGAAUCAGUUUUAGGCAAUGUGCCAAUUUGUAA